AUGCCUCCACUCUCCCUUGAUACCUCCUCUCAAGAGCUCUCUGAAGAAGAGACUUUGCGUGAAAAGCCAGAGCCACUCUCGAUGGUAUCCUGGUGCCAGGCGGCAGAAGGCAAGAAGAUGACAGACCCUCACCUGGUGCUUGGAGCUCAGCCUCUAUCCUUCUUCCAAGCAGAGUUCAUUGAACUGUGCCUGAGGCACAUGGCAGCUCUACAGCAGGACGGGGAGUGGGGGUUUUGUGUAAGUUGUGUGUUUGGGUAUCUAGGUAUCGAUCAUGUUCCUUUGGGAAGUGAAGAGUGGAACCCGUGGGAAGCUGAUGAGAGAAGCGAACAGGUUGCGGCUCAGCAGAGAUACGAAAAUAUUCUUAAGCUGGUACAAAAUGCAAGGUCUCAGCUAGAACAAACCAGUCUCAGAGUACAGAUCUGGGGAAAAGCAGCAAUUGGUCUUUACCUAUGGCAGCAUAUUUUUGGAGGGCAUCUUGAGCCAGCUGAUGUGACUGCACAGUGGAGGGAAGGAAGCCAAAAAGCAGGAAAAACACAUUUCAGCUUCAUCACUGGUCCAUCUGUAGUUCCUGGCUACUUCUCAGUGGAAGCUGAGAAUGUUGUGCUGGUUCUGAAUGGCAGAGAAAAAGCAAAGAUCACUUACGCCACUCAGUGGUUACAUUAUGCACAAACGUUGCUUCAGACUCACAAGAUACAGCAUGUAGCAGUUGUGCUGCUUGGAAAUGAGCAGUGCAACAACGAAUGGAUUCAGCCAUACCUGAAAAGACAUGGAGGAUUUGUAAAUCUGCUCUUUGUGACGUACGACUAUGCAUUGGUAAAUGAAGAAGAUAUUUUCCAGUGGCCUUUAGGAGUAGCCACCUACAGAAAUUUUCCGGUUGUAGAGCCCAGCUGGUCAAUGCUACACGAUCCAAGGUCGUAUCUCUGUAAUUUUUUAGGAACAGUUUACAAGAACUCUUCUAGAGAAACCCUGAUGGAAAUUCUGAAGCAGGAUGGGCUUGAUAAGCUUUGCUGGAUUGCAGCCAGAGAACAGUGGCAGCCUCAGGAAACAAAUGAAAGUUUCAAAAACUAUCAAGAUGCCUUGCUGCAGAGUGAUCUGACAUUGUGCCCAGUGGGAAUAAAUACAGAAUGUUACAGAAUUUAUGAAGCUUGUUCAUAUGGAUCUGUGCCUGUUAUAGAAGAUGUAAUGACACUUGGUGAUUGCAGAAAUUCAUCAAUGUACCACAGUGCUCCAUUGCAAUUAUUAAAAACCAUGGGGGCUCCAUUUAUCUUUAUUAAAAACUGGAAAGAGCUUCCUGCUGUUUUAGAGAAAGAAAAAAAAAUGAGCUUACAAGAAAAAAUUCAAAGAAGAAAAAAACUUAUAGAGUGGUAUCAAAACUUCAAAGCAUGGAUGAGACAGAAAUUCAUUAAUACUUUGGAAAAUUCAUUUCUGCCCAGUGAUAAAGGAUAAAUGUUCCCUGCUGAAGAAUCUAAAAUAGAUUGAAAGCUUAAUUUCAUUAACCUUCUGAGGAAGCUUUUAUACAAAAAAAUCCCAAAAGGUGGGUGCAUUCUGUUUGAAGUCAACAGAUUUGGGCUAGCUUAGCCAAGAGCUAUGUUUGGCCUUCCAUCCGUGACAAUUUUCAGAGAGGAUGCUGAUUUAGAGGGAUGGUAGUCUGUAAGGAUAACAACAAUUUUAUGGCUGUUUUUGUACGUUCCAUGUUGAUAUGUGACGUGGUAAUUUUUUUAAGGAAACCAUCUUUGAGCAUGUGAGCUUGCUAAAAUCCAGCAUGAGAACAACAGUUGUUUCUGAAGAAAAGGAAGGGAAAGCUGUAUUGUUCAGAAUGAUGUAUUAUGAGACCUAAAAAAAAAAAAGUAUGGCUAUAGCAAAAUUGCCAGGUUUAGCAGUCAGUAAUGUAUCUCCUGGUACGUACUGACUUUGACAAUGUGAACUGUUUACCUGAUUGAUGUGUUUCAUUUCCAUGGAAGUGGUCAUAAAGCUGAUUAAACACUGUGGAAUAAAAACAUGUAUUUCCAGGUGAAAGUAGAGAAGUAUUUCAUCACAAUUUAUUUCCCGUUUAAUGUCAGAUACCAAAAUGUCUUUCAUUUCUCUUUAGUUUUAGGAACUACCUUUCUGAAGCUCUGCUGAUAGAGCAUUCGUUCCCUGCAGUAACAGCUGCAUAUCCUGAAUGUUUGGCCUUAAACAUGAACCUGCAUGUCAUUUAUCUGAUUACUAAAAAUCUGCUGGAGCUUGUCAGCUCCAGACAAUGGCAGGAAUACAAGUACUGCAUGUUUGUGACGCUACAUAUACAACAAACAGAUUUCAUUAAAUGUAAUGAAAGGGAUCUGUUAUUGUUCUUGUGCAUGAGAAAUGAGUAUUUGCUGUUAUUUUCUGUGUGUUUGGCUGCACUGUUUUUCUGCAUCACAGCACUGACAGAUGUAGGGUGGUGUAGUUUCGUGUCUGAGUGCUGGUAUGCCAUAUCACUUUGUUCUCAUGUAGCAGUUCAAAAGCCUGUACUGGUGAAUAAUACUCAUUAGUGUAAUGAUACUAUUUAGUUCUGGAGCGUGUCAUAUGAGAGCAUUUCUGUGCUUCUUUUCAGGUUUUUUUGCAUGCAUUCUCUUUAAAAAAGAAAACCAUAUAAAAUCAUUGGCUUCACUGACAGUGGAUGAUACUCACAGUGGCUGUUCUAGAUCUGCAAUUAUGCAUGUUUCAGAGCACCUGGAUUUUGGGGAGCAUUCCAUGUGCAGUCAGUAGAGAAACUAGAGAAACACAUGUUCUCAGAAGACAAGUAAACUCAAUCCAGAUGAUCUGAGCUGUAUGUCUAAAAUACUUUUCCUGUGACUGUCACCCUCCUAUUCUAUCUGAAGCACUGUGCAAUUGCAGUACAACGCAAAUGUACUCCUUUCAGCUGAGACUGGAAAUAAAUACAGCUAUCACCAUUCAGCACAGAGUUGAUGAACCCUGCUGAGAGGAAGAGCAGGAUGAAAUUUCCAGUACAUUUCCAUCCUGAGGAUCUAAGGUAGCCAUCAGCACAGUAGUAUGCAGAGUCAGAAGGCCAGAGAAUGGUGCUCACUGCAGUAGUGAAGUGUCAAAGCUGUAGUUUCCCUUUACUAGAAUCUUUCUCUACAAGCCGUAGCACUGGGGAGUAGUGAUCCAGAGCAGCAUUUUUCAGACUGUAAUCAACAGUUCCCUAGGCACUGAUGGACGAUUUACAUAGACUACAAAAAACAAUUUAGAGGGAGAGUCAGCCUAGAUUCAUAUCUAAGGUUGGUAACUCCUAGAAAAUGUUAGUGGUGUGCAAGUUGAAGUUUGAAAAACAGUUCAGUACGCAAUCACUUGUAGUGCUGUUCACGUGUUUCUAAGUAAAUACGCAAGCUUAUUUCUGAACUCGUGGCAAUUACACCUUAAGGGAGGGCAGUAGGUGCAUCAGAGUUGAAUUUUGCUUCUCACUCACGUGUUCUUGAAGCUCAAGGAGGAGUAAUUUUCAUUUCAUCUAUGUUUAGCCAAGUCAUGAAGAACUUGCUUGAGAGUAGCCCUGCUGAGAAGGACUUAGGGGUUCUGGUUGAUGAAAAACUGAACAUGAGCCAGCAGUGUGUGCUGGCAGCCUGGAAAGCGAAUGGUAUUCUGAAUUCCAUGAGAAGAGGAGUGGCCAGCAGGGACAGGAAAGUGAGUGUUCCCCUCUGCUCUGCAUUUAUGAGGCCCCAUCUGGAGUACAGAGUCCAAGUCUGGGGCUCCCAACUCAGGAAAGAUGUGGAGCUGUUGGAGAGGGUCCAAUGGAGGGCCACGAACAUGAUCAGAGGGCUGGAGCACCUCUGCUAUGAAGAUAGACCGAAGGACCUGGGCUUGUUCAGCCUGGAUAAGAGAAGGCUGCGGAGACAUCAUAGCGGCCUUCCAGUAUUUAAAGGGACUUUAUAAACGUGAAGGAAAUCUUUUUUUUUUUACAAGGAUAAUGA